AUGCGAAGUUUUAUCUCGACUUUCUUCGACUUCGUCCUUCAGACCUCAGAUCAUUCCCAUCGGUGCGGACGCGACGGCUUUGCGUCGCCUUACUCCUCAUGGAUGAUCAGUCCGUAUGUUUUUCUCGGAUUCGCGCUUUGGCGUGACCGGUUUUAUCGAGCUCGUGUGAUGACGAGCUGCUCGGUCCCGUGUGAUGACGAGACCGGUGUUUUCUUGGGCUCGUGUGAUGACGAAACCGGUUUUGUCGAGAGGCGCGUUCUUCUCGGCGUCGUCCUUGAUCUUGGCGCGACGUAUUUCUACUUCGGCGCUGGUUUGCAGCUCGUCGAUUUUCGUCGCGGCGUUCAGCAUCAUUGUGGCUUUGCGGAGUAUUGCUGUACUCUAGUAUCAUGUUGUUGA